AUGACACGGAUUCUGUGGUUAUUAUUACUGGUCACUGGAUUACCAGAAAUAUCAGGAUGGACCUUGACUCUGAGCCCGACAGAAGAGAGACUCCAGAACAGACGGUCCGGUGACAAUUUCCUUGCCGUUUGCAAAGUCAAGGAUUUUGAUGGAGCGGCAAGUGACGCCAAAAUCGAAUGGUACCGAGACGGCAAACUGAUUCCACGCUUUGGAAGUACGAUGACCAUCGAAAGAACCUACAGCAAUCAGUUGAUGAUAAAUCGGCCAAAAAUCUCGGAUGGCGGAAAAUACACCUGCAAAACAGAAAUUCAUGGGGAAACUCAGGAAGUCUCGGCUGAAAUCAGUUUCGUCGAUCCACCAAAAUUCCUUAACAUCCAAGAGGAGCAACAUCCAGAGGAAGGGACACGUGCCGAGAUUGUGUGUGAAGUCGAAGGGGACGAUCAACUCGAGGUUUUCUGGCAAUUCAACGGUGUCACCCUGGACGAGACAUCCCAAAGAGGCUACGAAUUCUCCGAGAACAACCAAAUCCUAUACAUUCCACACUUCACUGCUAAAAUUGAUGAUGGAGUCUACAAUUGUAAUGCUGCCCAGUACUCUUCCUUCGAAACGCUGUCAGUGAACGUGACUGGCUAUGCGCGCCCUACAAUUACUGUAUUCGACGUGCCAAAUGAAAAUCGAGGCAUCGAGGGGCAUACAAUUGAGCUCAAAUGCGGUGCUGUCGGAAAACCAAAACCCACCUAUAAGUGGUUUUUUGAGGAUGACGAAGUUCCAAUUGCCCGUUCUGACAAACACAGUGUCGAGGAAGGUCUCCUUAUCAUUGAAUCUCUCAACUCUGAAGAUGCAGGAACUUACAAGUGCAUUGCUAACAACACCGUUGGAACUAACGAGCGUGGCUUCGAUUUGGCCGUUUUCUUAAAACCAAAGGUUGACUUGAAACACGAGCAUGUGGUCAAGGAGGGAGAAGACGUGGAACUUGUGUGUAGCUAUCAUGGAGAAGGACAAGUCACCGCCAAAUUCACCACUGGAUCACGCGAAUUUUCAGUGAAAAAAGUGCAUGCAAACUCCGAAGAAAUUGAGAUGGAGCAAAACUCUGAAGAAUCCACAACCACUGUAAAUUCUGCUUCUCAAGAGGAGACCGGCACUGCUAGUGAUGAAUUGGAACUGAAAUCUGCUGAAAAUGUUGAUAACUCUAAUGAAGAGGACGAAACUUCUCAUCAUGACCAUGGAGACCAAGAUGGAGAAGAUGAAGAUGAAAAGGAAGAGUCGACGAAAUGGAAGAGAUUUGCCGAUGACGUCAACUCCGAGAGAAUAUCCGUGCGAGCCGAGGACAACAAGUUGAUCCUUUCUAUCAAGAACAUCGCACUUGAGGACGCAGCUGAUUACACUUGCGCUGUUUCAAAUGACGCUGGUACCACCAACAAAGUCACUCAAGUUGGAAUCAUCCAUCCACCAACCCUCCGUCACUACACUGGACCGCAUGUCCGUUCUUAUGAUGGUAAUACUGUCUCCAUUUACUGUGAUGUGUCUGCUGUUCCAAGUCCGAAAUGGCAUUGGUACAAAGACGGAAAGGAGGUUGAGGCUAACGGAGCUUCUAUUCAAAUUGACACCCAGACCUCUUCCACUAAACUCACCUUGGAAAAUUUUGAUGGCAGUGAUAACUAUGGAGUGUAUACUUGCAAAGCAGACAAUGGAGUUGGCCAACUUGAGAAACAGAUUGAAGUUAUUAAAGUUGUAUCUCCACCAACUCCAGCAGGAAUGGACUGCAAGAAAAUGAUCUACCCGAACUAUGGAAAAUGCUCGUUCGAUUCUGAUGUCUACGAGAAGAAAGAGAGCAAACCCCAAACGCUUGAUAUAUUGAUUGCCAAGUUUGAAGAAAUGGAGUCAGACUAUAACUGGAGUGACGCACAAACUGUUUCCGUGCCAUUCGAAGAGGACAUCACAAUCCCAGACUUGGCAUCCAACACUCAAUAUGUCAUUAAGGCUCGUGCUGUCAAUGAAGCAGGACGCAGUGAGUACACUGACGAGAUCAGUUUCGAAACUACGGAUCCAUGGGCACCACAGUCACCAGGAAGUGUUACAAUGAAGUGCUCGGAUUACUGUAUUGUUUCAUGGGAUACUCCAAAUAGCCAUGGAAGUCCACUGUUGAAGUACAAGAUCACUAUUCAAGAGAUGAAGGUGAAGACGGACGAAGAGGAGAAAGCUGCCAGCAGCGAAAAAUCAGCAUCACAAGAGGCUGAGGAAAACUCUGAUAACGAUGAUGAGAACGACGUCGAGACGACCACUAGCGAGAACGAUAACGAUGAAGAAGGCGACAACAGUUCCGAAACAAAAACUGAAUCCUCCGAAUCCAUUAAACUUGAACCCCACGAAAAUGAUGAUGCAACUCUUGAGACCAGAGACUCCGCAGAAAUUCUUCCAACUGAUCCAAGUACCUCUGUUGAGAGAGGUGACGCAGAAAUGGUGGCUCAUGGUAGCCCUGUUGUGUUGGAAGUUGAUGCCACCGAAAACCAAUUGCAAUUGACAAACAUCAAACCACACUCAUACUACAAAAUCGCGAUUUCUGCAGAGAAUGCUAUUGGACAAGGAGAACCAGCUGAAUUUGAGCAUCAAACUGAUGAUUCCCCAACAAAAUAUGACGAAGGAAUGGAUUCUACUAAAGUCUUCAUCGCUGCCGCCAUUGGAGUUCUCUUCUUGCUCGUUAUUGUUGAUUUUGGAUGUUAUGUCACAAACAGAUGUGGACUCAUUUCAUGUAUCUGCUUGAAUCUUUGCGGAAAGAAUAAUGGAGCCAAGCAAAGAGACUUGGAGUCCGGAAGAGGCGGACCGGAAAGUAACAGACUACUCGAUUCAAGUGGUGCUAGGUAA